AUAAAAGAAUAAUUUUAUUAUUUUUCGUAAUCAUGAAUACAUUGGCUUUAAUAGCAUUUGCCUUGUGGGCAGUGUUUAUGCGUUAUUUGCCAAAAAUUAUCGAAUUUAUUAAACUCAAACAAUGGUCUGCCAAUGUACCGGGGCCAACUGUUGGUGAAUUAAUUGAAAAUGCCAAGAAAGGAGAUAUCCUUCCCUGGUUAGCUGAAUUGCGCAAAAAACAUGGUGCCACUUUUCGCAUUUGGCUGGGCAAAGAUCUGAUGGUCUUCUUCUCAGAUCCCGAGGAUAUUAAACAGUUGUUGAGCAACAAUACUCUGCUGUACAAGUCAGACAACUAUAGUAUUGUGGAGCCUUGGUUGGGUAAGGGUCUGCUAACAAAUGGUGGUGAAUCAUGGCAUACACGCAGAAAAUUCCUAACACCAGCAUUUCAUUUUCGUAUAUUAAGUGAAUUUAAAGAGCCCAUGGAAGAGAAUUGCAAAAUAUUAGUGAGUAAACUGAGAGAGAAAGCUAAUGGAGAGCAAUUUGAUAUAUAUCCUUAUAUAACGCUAUUUGCAUUGGAUGCUAUCUGUGAGACGGCCAUGGGUAUUAAGAAACAUGCACAGAUGCAAAGUGAAUCGGAGUAUGUGAAGGCGGUGCAGAGAAUCUGUCGCAUUCUCCACAAACAAUCCUUUUCCUUCUGGCAACGUUUGAAUAUAUUUUUCAAAUACACCAAGCCGGGCCAGGAACGAAAUGCUGCCAUUAAAAUAAUGCACGAUGAAACGAAUCGUGUUAUUAAACUAAGACGCAAACUUCUGGAAGAUUCGCAAAUACACAAUUUAGAUGAUGCCCAAAAAUCCGACAAUAUUGAAGGUCAAAAACGACGUUUAGCUUUUCUCGACAUGUUGCUGAUCUCCCAAAUGGAAGGCAUGCCGCUCAGUGAUCGUGAGAUACGCGAAGAAGUUGACACAUUUAUGUUUGAGGGUCAUGAUACCACCAGUUCAGCCAUAGGAUUUGCCAUCUAUUUACUGUCCCAAAAUGCGGCCGAGCAGCAAAAGGCCUACGAAGAAGCUGUUGCUCUGGAGGGUCGAGAAAAAGAAGCCAUGCCUUAUUUGGAGGCUGUUAUAAAGGAAACAUUACGUUUAUACCCCUCCGUACCAUUCUAUUCACGUCGUAUUUCCGAUGAUCUUAAUGUGGGUUCUCUCAUUGUACCCAAGGGAACAAGUAUUAGCAUUUUAACGUAUAUGGUGCAUCGUGAUGAGAAAAACUUCCCCGAUCCCGAGAGAUUUGAUCCAAAUAGAUUUUUCUCCAAGGAAAACAAUCUACAUCCCUUUAGUUUUGUGGCCUUUAGUGCUGGACCACGUAAUUGUAUAGGACAAAAAUUCGCCAUGUUGGAAUUGAAAUGUUCCCUGUCGUGUCUAUUGCGUAAUUUUGAAUUUUUACCCGUGAAAGAUUACAAACCACAACCAUUGGCCGAAUUGGUUAUGAAAAGCGGCAAUGGCAUACAGAUUAAAAUGAAGUUGCGUGAAAAGCACAUUUAAGAUACAUAUUUAAAAUUUUUAAUAUUAGAUUUAAAUCAUAAUGCAAUAAAUAGAUUAAUUAGAUGUUUUAUAAGUAUUUUUGAAAUAAAUGUUUAAAUAAAAA